UUUUCUUUUUGCCUUUGUUAGUUUUCUAGGUCACUAUUAAUAUAGUUGUUUAAUAUAAACAGAUUUAUAAAGUUUAUAAAAAAAAAAUACGAGAGUAAUGGGAGAACCGCAGGCGGGUGAGCCAUUAUGGUGGAAAGCCCUAGAAAAUCUGGAAAUUGAACAUGAAAAAAUUGAAGAUAAUGAACUCAUGUCAACUUGGAAUGGUUCAUCCCAAGGAGACGGUGUUCCCAAAUAUGGAUGGAGAAUCGCCCUCAGUCAUAAAUUUAGAGAAAAACGUACUCCAUGGACUGUACCAAAAAUACACCAGGUUCCAGCAUUGGUGGGACUCUCUUACCGUUAUAUCAAAUUUCAUCGUAAAUUAAAGCGUAUUAAUCGUCGUCCAUGCAUGGAUUUCUUCAACCAACAACCACUGCGACAAAUUUAUGGUGUCCCUCUUGGGGGAAUCGGGGGCGGGUCAAUCAACCGUGGCUGGCAGGGUGAAUUCUGUCGAUGGCAGUUACGUCCGGGGGUUUAUGAGUUUGUAACUACAUUGGCAAAUCAAUUUAUUGUUUGUAUUCGUAAAAAUGGAACCACUGUAUAUCAACAAGUUUUAAGUGUUCACAGUACCCCAGCGAAACAUCUAAAAAGUUGGAAAUGGGAGUUUCCUGGUUCCCAAGCUUUUUAUCAUGCUUUGUAUCCGCGUGCGUGGACCGUAUAUGAAAUUCCAGAACAUAAAGUUGUAUUAACCUGUAGACAAGUAUCUCCUGUAAUUCCCAAUGAAUAUAAGGACUCGAGUAUUCCUGCCGCUGUUUUUUCAUGGAGUAUUGAAAAUAGAUCUGAAAGUGAUUUAGAAGUAUCCAUUGUUAUGACAAUGGAAAAUGGUAAUGGCACAAAAAAAUCAAGACUACAUCAUUCUGGACAUUUUAAUGAAGAAUUUGAUGAUGAUAAAAAAUGCAGUGGUGUAGUUAUGCAUAACUUUACAUAUGAGAAAAUGCCGUACACAAUGACAGUUGCUGCAUCUGAUAAGCCAGAAAUGAAAGUUUCAAAAUGUAUUUCUUUUGACCCAACUUCAGAUGGAUCCACAAUUUGGAAUGAAUUGCAUGAACAUGGCCACUUUGAUUCUACAAAUGACAUAAGUGAAAAUACUUCUCGUGGAGAAUCUAUUGCCUGUGCAGUUGCUGUUGAAACCACUGUAAAAUCAAAAACUCUUCAAAAAAAUGUUGAUUUUGUUUUAUCCUGGGAUAUGCCAAUAGUAUAUUUUGGUUCAAAGGAAAUUUCUCACCGCCGUCGAUAUACUCGUUUCUUUGGGGCAUCCGGUAUCGCUGGACCCAAAAUUGCGUUGUAUGCGCUUCAAAACUAUCAAGAUUGGGAAGAAAAAAUACGAUCAUGGCAAGAACCAAUUCUGUCAAAUUCCCGCUUACCACUGUGGUACAAAUCUGCCAUAUUCAACGAGUUGUAUUACAUCAGUGAUGGAGGGACAAUUUGGCUUGAAAUAGAUAAAACUGAUACAGAAUCAAUUAGCAUUUCAAAUCAUAUAAAUAAGCACAAUGCAUCAAAAGAAACAGAUGUGGAUCAUCUCAAAACAGUGAAAUUUUGAAAAGAAUUUGGAAGAUUUGCGUAUCUUGAAGGCCAAGAAUAUAGGAUGUUCAAUACAUAUGAUGUUCAUUUUUAUGCAUCGAUAGCUCUUGCUGCAUUAUGGCCCAAGCUUGAGCUAAGCUUACAGUAUGAUAUUGCUACAAGUAUUCUAAGGGCUGAUGAUACACGAUUUCGUUUUAUAAUGGAUGGUCAUAGAAAACCUGUUAAAACGACAGGAGUGGUUCCACAUGAUGUUGGGGAUCCUGAAGAUGAACCUUGGACGAGAGUUAAUGCGUAUUUUGUUCACGAUACAGCAUCUUGGAAAGAUUUAAAUCCUAAGUUUGUUUUGCAAGUUUUUCGAGAUUACCACAUCACAAAAAAUCGUAAAUUUCUUGAGGACAUGUGGCCAGUUUGUUUGACAGUUAUGGAAAUGAGCAUGAAACAUGAUAAAGAUGGAGAUGGUCUUAUUGAAAAUGGUGGAACCGCAGAUCAAACUUUUGAUGGUUGGAGUGUCACUGGUCCAAGUGCGUAUUGCGGUGGUUUAUGGAUUGCCGCAUUGCGAUGUACCAUCGAGGCAGCAAAUAUCUUGGACCGGCAAGAAGAUAGUUUAAAAUACAAGGAAAUUUUAGAAAGAGCCACAAAGGCUUACGACAAAAAGUUAUGGAAUGGUGAAUAUUUCAAUUAUGAUAGCAAUAAACACAGCAAUCAUAGUGACAGCAUUAUGGCUGACCAAUGUGCAGGUCAGUGGUAUUUACUCGCUGCGGGAAUAGCUGAUGUCAUACCAGGAGAUAAAAUUCUUAGCUGCUUGAGAAAAGUUUAUAACUUUAAUGUGGAAUUGUUUGCUGAUGGAAAACGAGGCGCAGUUAACGGAAUGAGACCAAACGGGAAAGUUGAUCAAUCGAGCGUUCAGUCAGAUGAAGUUUGGACUGGGGUAACAUAUGCUGUUGCGGCAACGAUGCUUCAUAAAGGAAUGUUGAAAGAAGGUUUCAAAACGGCCCAAGGAAUGUAUAAAAGUGUUUGGGAAGAGACUGGUAUGGCAUUUCAAACACCAGAAGCGAUUUUGAAACACAGUCAUUACCGAUCUCUAGCGUACAUGCGCCCAUUAAGUAUAUGGGGCAUGCAAUAUGCACUGGAAAACACAGACAAUGAUGACAUUGCUUCAGAAUAAGCUUUAAUUAUUUUGGCAAGGGUUUUUAAACUAAAAAAAUUUUUAAUUAUUUAAAAUGUCAUUACUUUUUGUAGUAUAACCUUUUCAUUUAAAUCUUCAUUAUUUGAAGGUCAGUUUCUUUGAUCAGUGAUCAGCAUUUUUUUCCUUCUUUUGCAUAUGUCCAACAACUAUAAUUAUGGCAUUGUUAUUUCUACCUGUUUCCAAUAUGAAAGUACAGUAACACUUAGUGAAUUACACAUAUCAAUGAAUUAUGAAUGUCCUUUUCAUGUGAUAGUGAAGCAUUUUUUGCAAAUAAUUUCGUUUUGAAUAUUAUAAUUUUUUGUUUUAGAAAUACUGAAAGCAUUUCAUGAGUAUUAGCAAACUUAGGAUCAUUCACAAAUCAACUUCAUCCAGAAGCAGUAAUUUUGCUCUUUUUUUACUUUUCCAUUCAAAUUUUAUUUGGACUUUUAUUUAGCUACAAUUACUAAAAAAAAUUCUUUGCUGUUUUAAACUUCACAGAAAUCAAUUUAGGAAUUAUACUAAAUUUACAUGGUGAUAUACAUAUUUAGUGAGUUCCUAUUUCAAAAUGAUUGAGGUAGAACUAAAAAAUUAUCAUUUGUUCAUCAUCCCACUAUUGAAUUUUCCAUAAAUCAUCAAAUAUACUGAUAGUUUCUAUUGGUUAUCAAACACACUGUGUGUAUAUUCGAAACACUGUGUGUAUAUUCGAAAAUCGAAAUAAUCUAUAGUAAAAGUUUGUUCACCUCCUUAGGCAAACAAUGAAACAUUCUAGCUUUAUAUGUAACUAAUUUCGUAAAUGAGAGAUACGUGUAAGAUGUGACUACUUUUGUCAAUAUCAAAAAAUACUUAGCGGUAUGUGGUCAUGCGGAUAUGAAUUGUUAUAAUUCCAUAUUUGGAAAUUGGCUUAUUUUGUGACGGUUUGCAAGUAUAUAACUGAUGAAAUGUUUUCAAACACUGAAUGCACUUGACUUCUAUGAAUAAUUCAUGUACUGAUGUGUAUCAGGAAGAUGACUCAUUGUUAACUGAUGAGUCAUAUUUGUUCAAUUUUUUGUGCCAUAUUAUGUAAUGUAUGUACAUUCUACAAUACUACUAUUCAUAUAUUAUGUUUCCCUGAGCAGGGAUAUUGUGUAUUAUACUGCAGGCCCUUUCUCCUUGUUUACUUCCUACUUCAGAUCUGUAUGUAUCCCUUACAACAGGAAUGUUUGGUUGAGAUAGUAUUAAAAACCCUUCGCACAUAAGAAUACUUUUUUAAAUAUGGAAUAUAGAAUAAAACCAUUCAAAUAAAAAGUUCUAUUCUCAAUAUUUGGUACAUUCAUUUUUAUUCGGAAGAUAUUGUACAUUUGUGGAAUUUUUUAUUUCAAAAUUCUGCUCGAUAUAUAGAUUCAUUACAUAUAUUUGGUUUAUUAUUCGUAUUUACUAACACUCGCAAAGAUUUAUUUAGGCUUAUCACAAUAGUUUUAAUUUAUGGUUACUGGAUUUUUCUUGCCAGGUAUAAACCAUAGAUGCCUUGCCGGUAUGUUUACCAUUUUGCUGAUAUUUAUCUGUUUAAUUUUCCAAUAUGUAUAUAACAAACAAUAAAUAAGGGUGACAGUGUAUUUUAAACAUAUAUACGGUAUCUCACACACUUCGUUCUGUAAUCGUUCAAUAGUACUUAUUUUUUUUAAUAUUUCGAUUUUCUGUUUCUAUAUGAAGCAUGUAACCUAGUGUUAUGUUUAGCAUUUUUUUUAAAUCAAUUUUGGAGAUAUAUGGAUAUUUUAUGCAAUCUAAAAAGUUUAAUUUCUGAUGGUAUUUCUUUUCCCCCUGCCCCCCAAGGGUUUAUACUCGAUAAAAUAACCCCCAGUAAUGUUUGGAAAUGAGCUAGAGAAAUAUUAUAUCCUUAACAAUCACAAUAUAUACCGGUAUUUAAAUAGGACUAGUUCAUCUAAGAUCUAAAAUGUAUAUUGUCAUCCAUUAGAUUUAUAACAUCCAUCAUGUUCAUAGCAAGCACACUGUUAACUAAAUAAAAUACUUCAAUUUAUUCAUAGAAUGUUCUCUAUCUACAUCAAUCUCAUAAUUUGCCAUCACAAGUGCAUAAUUACUGGUAGUGGUAUGUUCUUAAUGGCUGCCACAGGUGUGCUCAUAAACAUCUGUUUUUACAAUUAUAUUGAAAAACAGAUGGCAAGCUUUACCAUAAAAAAUUGAUAACUCUAAAUUUGAAAAUAGUCUGUUCUGUAGACGAGUAUACAUCCAAUUGAUAGAACAAGUGUGAAAUAUUUAGUAGUAGUGUAGGGGGCUGGCAAUGCUUCUCUCUUUCCUCUUAUUUAUGGAUCAAACGAAAUUAUGAUUUGUGAUCAAUAAAGAAUGUUAGAUAUUUACGUUUAUUCCAUUAUCGUAAAUAUAGCAAACAAUUCAUUCUGAUCUUUUUUUUGAUUUGUUACUUACUUUUUUUUCCCCUAGAUUUGCCAUUCUUUAAUGUGCAAUGUCCAUAAUUUAAUUUGCUAAAGUUUCAGUUUUUCCAGAUUUAAUUUUUUUUUGAAUGAAUUAUAUGAAUCAUUCUACUAUAUUAUAUAGUAAAAUACUUUCUUGCUGGUGUCCAUUUAAUCACUUCGCUUUGAUUGACUCUCAAAGAAUUGAAUCAUUCUUCAUUGAUAUAUUUCUGUGAGUCAUACACUCUAUCAUAAUAAUUAGCAAAGAAAUUGUACUGAAAGUACUUUUUGUUUUCUGUUUCUAACAGAAAAUCUUAUAGUUCACUUAUUAGGUAAUCACGUUUAUUUUGAGCAUUAUUUUUUUAUGUUUCACUGUAUAGACAACUUCUUCCUGUGACUAUAAAGGAUUAUUACUGAAAAUUUUAAAUGUAUCAGUUCCAUUAUUCUUCUGUAUAUGACUUGUUAUUUAUCACUAAUGAUACAGAUUCAUAGCAUGAUAUACACCCUGAUGAAAAAGGAAAAAGAAAAAUAUUUGAAAAAUUGACAAUUUUGUAUUUAUCAACUUUGGAUAAAAUAAAAGUAUCUGUCAUUGUCGGGGAUGUUUUUCUGGCUCUGUUAUGUAGCAUUAAUUAGUUAUGGUUCAAUUGGAUCGUCUUAAUAAAAUUACCCAAUUUACUACUGUAAAAAUACAUUGAUAUUUGAACUCAUUAUCAUAUGUAUUCUUUGCAUUUGCUGAGUGAUACCCUUGAAUUGAUUCCUUAAAGAAGUAAGAUUCGUUGUCAUAUCUUUGUAAGGAAAUUUGGUAGCAAUAGCAAUAUUACUAAUUGUGGUUCAUCUUUAAUAAGAUAUAGUUCCCGGCUGUUCUUAACUUACUAGUAUCAUUUCUUAUGCUUUGUUCCGCAUUUUGUUGCAAUAAUAUAAACCAACCAAAAUUGAUGAUGCAUAUUGUUUUGUAUAUUUCAUUUUUAUAUUUCUAUUAUUCUAGUGCUCAUUGUACUUCAUAAUUACUCAUUGAACGAGUUAAGCCUAGCAUUAUAGAUUUUCAUAAAUGGAUGAUUUUGUACUCCUUUUGUAGUGUAAUUGAGGUUAGAGACACUGAAAAGAAAAAGUGUAUUCUUAGUGUCUUCAUUGUAGUCUGUUUACUUGUAUCUACAUUUUUUUUUCCAAAUAGACCUGUUAUCUAUUAAUUUAAAAUAAUUUGAUAAGAAUGUACUAAAAAUUUGAAAUGAACUGUUUUGGUGUUUAAAAACUUUUACCAGCAGGUGUCAGUCGGCCAUCCAUACACAAUGCUUGUAAAAGCAUCUUCCGUCCAGAAAAAAAUUACGGGAAUAUUUUUUACUUUUAUUUUUGGAAAUUGUUUCCUUAGUGUGUACAUUAAUCUAUUUUCCAAUAAAUAUCAAAAUAUGUAUUUA